AUGGCGCUACAAGGACUUGAAGAUAAAUCACAAGUUCUGACAGCGUCAGUUUUCUGGUACUUUACAUGGAAAGAUGAAAUAUUCAGAUGGGAUCAUUACAUGGAAUAUAAGAACAUAUCAAGACUGACAGUUAAAGUCAGUGAUGUAUGGGUUCCCGAAAUAUAUAUUGUAAAUGAUGUAAGGGACAUGCCUAUUAGAAGUACUGGAGAUAAUAAAGAGUAUGUGAUUGUCAGAUCAAACGGUUACAUGACAUGGUUUCCAGCAAAAGAAUUGCAAACUUCAUGUGCAGUUGAUGUUUCAAAAUAUCCAUUUGAUACACAGGCAUGUACCAUCAUAAUGGAGGCCUGGUACCAUGACAACACAAGCUUUUUUCUUAACACAAUGGGAUCUGGAAUAGAAAUAUCGGAAGUUCACUUUGUUGAAAAUGGAGAAUGGGACAUUCUUAAUUUAUCAGCAUAUCCAUUCCAGUACCAGGAUUAUGCGGAUAAUUCGUCUGCUUAUUCAUCUCAAAGCAUGCCUUCCUCGUCAUUUACGAUUUCGUACCUAAAAUAUCUCAUCAGUUUGCAGAUUUUAGUAAGCGGAAUAACAAUUUUAAUAGUUGCAAUAAAAAAAAAUGAUCUUGAUGCUCUGUAA